CGUCAGCAGUUCCAACACAGUUCUCGCGAGAUUUCGUUUCAGGAAGUUCCACGUCAGUGUCCUGCAGAACGCUGCUCACUGAAAUCGCAACAUUUGGACUCGAUUGGACGUUAAUCGGAUCUAGCAAAGACAUCCAGGGCGGAAAAUAUGCCUCUGAGGCUGGACAUCAAGAGGAGGCUAACAGCCAGGUCGGACCGGGUCAAGAGUGUGGAUCUUCACCCAACCGAGCCAUGGAUGUUGGCCAGUUUGUACAACGGCAGUGUCUGUGUGUGGAACCACGAAACGCAAACUCUGGUCAAGACGUUUGAAGUGUGUGACCUGCCUGUCAGAGCUUCCAAGUUUGUGGCAAGAAAGAACUGGGUGAUCACAGGAGCAGAUGACAUGCAGAUCCGUGUGUUCAACUACAACACCUUGGAGCGGGUCCACAUGUUUGAAGCCCACUCUGACUACAUCCGUUGCAUUGCUGUCCAUCCAACUCAGCCAUACAUCCUCACUAGCAGUGACGACAUGCUGAUCAAGCUUUGGGAUUGGGAGAAAAAGUGGACAUGCAGUCAGGUGUUUGAGGGUCACACUCAUUACGUCAUGCAGAUCGUCAUCAACCCCAAGGACAACAACCAGUUUGCGAGCGCUUCUCUGGACAGAACCAUAAAGGUUUGGCAGCUGGGCUCCUCAUCUCCUAAUUUCACUCUAGAGGGUCACGAAAAGGGAGUAAACUGUAUUGACUACUACAGCGGAGGAGACAAGCCCUAUCUGAUAUCAGGGGCUGAUGACCGCCAAGUCAAAAUUUGGGACUACCAGAACAAGACUUGUGUUCAGACUCUGGAAGGUCAUGCCCAAAAUGUCUCGUGUGUCAGCUUCCACCCAGAACUACCCAUAAUCAUCACGGGAUCAGAGGAUGGUACGGUUCGAAUCUGGCACUCGAGUACUUAUCGCCUGGAAAGCACCCUGAACUACGGCAUGGAACGAGUGUGGUGUGUGUGUGGCCUCAGGGGAUCCAACAAUGUGGCACUGGGAUACGAUGAAGGCAGCAUCAUCAUCAAAGUUGGUCGGGAGGAGCCAGCCAUGUCUAUGGACACUAAUGGCAAAAUCAUCUGGGCUAAGCACAGUGAAAUACAGCAGGCUAACCUGAAGGCUAUGGGGGAUGCAGAAAUCAAAGAUGGAGAGAGACUGCCACUGGCUGUCAAAGACAUGGGUAGCUGUGAGAUUUACCCUCAAACCAUCCAGCAUAACCCUAAUGGAAGAUUUGUUGUUGUGUGCGGAGAUGGAGAGUACAUCAUUUAUACUGCCAUGGCUUUGAGGAACAAGAGCUUCGGCUCAGCUCAAGAGUUUGUCUGGGCACACGACUCCUCCGAAUACGCCAUCAGAGAGAGCAACAGUGUUGUCAAAAUCUUCAAAAACUUCAAAGAAAAGAAAUCUUUUAAGCCAGAUUUUGGAGCAGAAGGGAUCUACGGGGGGUUCUUGCUGGGAGUUAGGUCGGUGAACGGACUGGCGUUUUACGACUGGGAGAACACAGAGCUGAUCCGUCGCAUUGAGAUCCAGCCCAAGCAUAUCUUUUGGUCAGACUCGGGGGAAUUGGUCUGCAUUGCUACGGAGGAGUCCUUCUUCAUUCUACGUUACCUGGCAGAGAAAGUAGCCGCCUCCCAAGAAAACAACGAAGGUGUGACAGAGGACGGGAUUGAAGAUGCCUUUGAGGUCCAGGGGGAGAUCCAGGAGAUUGUGAAGACUGGACUUUGGGUGGGAGACUGCUUUAUCUACACCAGCUCUGUGAACAGACUCAAUUACUUUGUAGGAGGAGAAAUUGUGACUAUUGCACAUCUGGACAGAACCAUGUACCUGCUGGGUUACAUACCAAAGGAUGACCGGCUGUACCUCGGAGACAAGGAGCUCAACAUAGUCAGUUAUUCACUGUUGGUCUCUGUCCUGGAAUACCAGACUGCUGUAAUGAGAAGGGACUUUGGAAUGGCAGACAAGGUGCUACCAACUAUUCCUAAAGAGCAGAGGACCAGAGUGGCUCAUUUCCUGGAGAAACAGGGCUUCAAGCAGCAGGCUCUGGCGGUGUCUACAGACCCGGAGCACAGAUUUGAGUUGGCCCUGCAGCUGGGAGAGCUGAAGAUCGCCUACCAGCUGGCUGUCGAAGCAGAGUCGGAGCAAAAAUGGAAGCAGCUUGCAGAGCUGGCCAUCAGUAAGUGCCAGUUCGGCCUGGCCCAGGAGUGCCUGCACCAUGCUCAGGAUUACGGUGGCCUGCUGCUCCUCGCCACAGCUUCUGGUAACGCCACCAUGGUGGGCAAGCUGGCCGAAGGGGCAGAAAGAGACGGCAAGAACAACGUGGCCUUCAUGACCUACUUUCUUCAGGGGAAAUUGGACCAAUGUUUGGAGCUUCUGAUCAGGACUAACAGACUUCCAGAAGCUGCCUUCCUGGCUCGCACAUACCUGCCCAGCCAGGUGUCGCGUGUAGUCAAAUUGUGGAGGGAGAAUUUAGCCAAAGUCAACCAGAAGGCAGCUGAUUCAUUAGCCGACCCUACCGAGUACGAGAAUCUGUUCCCUGGGCUGAAAGAAGCGUUUGCAGCUGAAUAUUACCUGAGGGAAAGCUGCUUGGGCAGCUCCAGACCUGCUAAAGAUUAUCCUCUUGUUACACCCAAUGAAGACAGGAAUAUUCUAGAGGAGGCUCAGGGGUACGAGCCCCAAGGCACCUUCGUUCCUCAUGUCCCAAAGAUGAAAGAGAGUGAAGAGUCCAGCUCGGCGCCGGUUUCACUAGUGACUCCUUCACAGCCCGAACCUGCUGCUCCCAAGAUGGUAGAGAAAGAGGAAAAAGAGGAGGAGGAGGUAGAAAUCCCUUCAUUCUCUCAGUCACAGAAGGAUAAGACUCUGGAUGAGCUGGAGGUAGACCUGGACAACAUGGAGCUGGAUGACAUUGACACCACAGAUGUUAACCUUGAUGAUGACUUUCUAGAUGAUUGAACCUGCCAUCCCUUUGCUCUCUGACACUUUCAGAGCAGAUUUAAAUGAGACCAAUUCCUUUCCCCUUUUUUGUAUUUGUAUGAAAAAUGUUCUAUUGUCAUGUCUACUCACUGCAGCCUCAGAUCUUCAUCAGUAAAGUUUUAAAUUCAGAAAUAACAGAUUGUAUUUACUCCAUUUUGUACACUUAUCUCUCCAGUGGAAAAACUCCACCAGUUAAUAUUAUUUACUUUUUGUCUCUGUGCUUUGUGUUGUCUGUAAUGGCAAAUCAAAGUUCAUUCAAUAAAAUCAAUUGUGGUUG